AUGGCGGUGGAAAGUAAGGAAGAAGCAGCACAGCAGCAGCAGCAGCGCAUAGAACUCACCGCUGAUGCCAUCCGCAGGCGGAGUUGGGCAGAUGAGAUGGAUAGGCAAACGUCGACCGCUCCUCUCUUCCACCUCCGCCCCUCUAUCUACCUGCCUAACGAUAGGAUGAGCCUCACUGCACUCACUUCACUUACCAAUUGCGCCAUAUCGAGUAGUCGUGAUCGACUCUCCCACGUAUUAUCAUCGUUGUCUAUCUAUUUCUCGCUCUUCUCCAACGCUUUAUUGCCAUAA